AUGUGGGUGCUGGCACUAGUUGGGGUUUUCCUGGCCGUUGCCAAGGCUUGUAUCUUUUGUCGCCUCCCAACUCAUGCCUUGCCAAGCCGCCUGGCUCGGCUCAGUAGCCAGAUGGAGAUGCAGUGGAAGGAAUGGGCUUCCCCAGAUUUCUCAGCCUUUGCCUUAGAUGAGGUGACCAUGAACAAAAUCACAGAGAAGACCCACAGAGUCCUGAGGGUCAUGGAGAUAAAAAGAUCCAUUUCCUCGCUUCCUUCAUAUUGGCAAUGGCUUCAGAAGACCAAGAUCCCCCAGUACACCAGGGAAGCUCUCUGUGCUCCCGCCUGCUGGGGCAGCACCAUCCUGUACAACUGCUCCACCUGUGAGGGCAAGGAGGCGUCUUGUUGGCCCCGAAAGCGCUGCUUUCCAGGAAGUUACGACCUGUGGGACGCUAAGAUUCUGCUCUUAACUAUCUUCGGGAUUGUCCUGCUUUCGGGUGCUCUGAGCCUCCAGGUGGAGUACCGCCACCUGCAAGCGAAAGACUUGUGAAGAUGCUCACAGCUGUCCCACCCCAGCUCUAAGGAAUUUGAGUCCACAAUUUCUUCAUCCCUUAGGGUGGGAACAAACCACUUUUUAGACCCAGCCCCAAAGCUUCCGUCUUCCAAACCCUAAAACUCAGACUUUUGUAAUCAAUAUCCGUGUCAGAUUCCUCCAGGAACCCAGGCACCCACAGCUGGAAAGUUCCUCCUCUUCUUCGCUCCACCAAUCAGACAGAGCCGUGGAUGAUGCCAGGAAAUUAUCUACAGAAGGAAAGAAUCCCUUACCACCACUCCCACAUCCCCUCUGUCCAUUCCCGGAAAGCGGGGGACUGUUGGCCUGUAGACGUUGCUCUAGGCCCUCCUAUGACUGAUCGCGAAUCCGGGAAUGAGAGUUCUGGAAAACUCUCUCUCUCUGGGUUGAGACCACAUCAGUCAGCCCGCUGGCAUGCAGUCCCUCCAUUGUGUUAAUAUUGUGCAGCCCUGGCCUCCACUCCUGCUGGGCCCAACUAAAUUUGGUGUGCAAUGCCUUCCAUCUGUGCCUGGUCUCUAUCUGCAACUUGAGCAGGCAAGAGAAUGGAGAUUCUUAGGAAUUCUAAUUAGGGGCGCUUCCCUCCCCCCAGAUAUUUAGCAAUGUCUGGA